GCCGCCGUGUCACGCCGCCCUCCCGCCCCAUCCCGCCCCCGAGUGUCCCGGGGCGCUCGGCGCCGCCGCUCCGCCCUUCGGCAGCGCCGCGGAUCGCUCGGUGCGCGGCUCCCGGCACAGCCGCGCCGGCGUAGCGGGACGCGGGCGCUCCAUGAGAUAUUGAAGAAGAAUAAAAAUCUCCUCAAAGGUUUGGAAGGUUGAAUGUGAUCAGCAUGAAGAGCUUAAAAGCAAAGUUCAGGAAGAGUGACACCAACGAGUGGAAUAAGAAUGAUGAUCGGCUGCUGCAGGCGGUGGAGAAUGGAGACCCUGAGAAAGUGGCUUCACUGCUGGGUAAAAAGGGAGCCAGUGCCACCAAACAAGACAGUGAGGGCAAAACUGCUUUUCACCUGGCAGCCACGAAAGGACAUGCAGAGUGCCUCAGGAUCAUGGUGACACAUGGUGCAGAUGUGACAGCCCAAGAUGGUGCAGGGCACAGUGCUUUACAUCUUGCAGCAAAGAACAGCCACCCUGAUUGUGUUAAGAGGUUACUUCAGAGUAAAUGCCCAGCCGACAGCACUGACAAUUCUGGGAAAACAGCUUUACAUUAUGCAGCUGCAUGCGGGUGUCUUCAGGCAGUUCAGCUCCUGUGUGAGCACAAAUGUCCCAUUAACAUCAAAGAUUUGGAUGGGAACAUACCUCUGCUGCUUGCAGUACAAAAUGGUCAUACAGAAGUCUGCAAAUACCUUCUCGAUCAUGGAGCAGACAUCAACACCAGGGAUAAAAAUGGAAGAACUGCUUUGAUGAUGUCUUGUGAAGCUAGUAACCUUAACAUGGUGGAAGCUUUCCUUAGGAGAGGUGCAGAUGUCAGUUUAGUAGAUGUCUUUGGACAGAAUGCUCUGCACUACGCCAAGCUCUCUGAGAACACAGGGAUCCAGAAUCUCCUGUCAUCAAAGAUGUCGCAGGACGUGGGUUUCAGACAGGAAUUCAAAAACCAAACCAUUUAUCUAUGGCAUGGGAAGCAGAGCAGAGAGCAUGAUCAAGGCUCUAAAUUAAGUUCAGAAAGAAGUGGAACUCCAAAAAAACGCAAAGCCCCACCUCCUCCUAUCAGUCCUAUUCAGAUUAAUGAUUUGUCGUCUCCACACUCAUCAACUUCAACUCCCAUGACUGGAAAAGGGCAGGCUUUCUUUGCUGAUCAAGUGUGCAAGGAGGAAUUCAGCUCCUUGCACAGGGAUAAUAAAGACAGACUGAGUGACAGCACAACAGGUGCUGAUAGCUUAUUGGAUGUGAGUUCUGAAGCUGACCAACAAGAUCUACUUCUGUUGAUGCAAGCAAAAAUUGCCUCUCUGACAUUGCACAAUAAGGAGCUGCAGGACAAAUUACAGGAAAGAACACCUAAAGAAGGGGAUUCAACAGCAGAAUCUUAUUCAUCCCAAACACAGUUUGAGCAAACAGCAGAGAGACAAAAUGAGUUCUUGGCACAGGAGCUGAAGCCCACAUUAAAUGCCACUCAAAUCCAAGAAAAACUGACAAGCCCCAGAGAAGUAAAAAUAAAGUACCUCCAGGAAGACUUAAAGGAUGUGCAGAGAAAAUUAGAGAAUUCUGAAGCCAAAAGAAAGCAUGUGGAAACUCAAGUCCAGUCUAGAGUCCCAGAAACAGAUCAUUUAAAUAGCCCAGACAUUUCAGAAAAUGGUUCUGAUCUUAAUUUGAAAUUCGAAGAAACUCAAGAAAGGCAUGAGGAAGCUGUGAAAGAGAUUUUGAAUAUACAAAGGCAAAAGAAGCCAGGUCUUGUUUCCUCUGAAAGUGAAGAAACCAGUUCUGAUCUGAGUGUGUUGAAGGUUACAUAUGGAGAAGUUGAAGCACUUAAGCAAGAGUUGAAGAAAGCGUUGGAGGAAAGCGAAAGACAAAAAGAAAAAGUGAGAGAGCUGCAGAAAAAGUUUGAAGACAGAGAGCAGAAGGGGGCAGGCAAAUUGUCUGUGGAAGAGUGUGAGGAAAUUAAGAAUUCAUAUUGUUCAGUUAUUGAUAACAUUAAUCAAGAGAAAGCUUUGCUGAUUGAGAGGUACAAGGAAGGGCAAGAGGAAAUUAAAAGGCUACAGGCCAAGCUGACAAAUCAGAUGCAGUUGGAAUCUAGUGCUGAAGCUGGAGAAAGGAAAGAUGUGAUGCACGGAACGAUAGAUGAGCUCAACAGGCAACUUAGUGAAUUGUCUCAGUUGUACAACGAAGCACAAACAGAGCUUGAAGACUAUAGGAAGAAAAAAACUCUAGAUGAUAUAGCUUCAGACUACAUUCCUAGAGAUGAACAUGAGAAACUGAUGGAGAUAACAAAUUCUUUGAAAUACAAAGCAGAAAAUGAGUUAUCAGAAAUUAAAUCCCAGUACACGAAAGUGUUAGAUGAAUCAGAAGAACUCAAGCAACUGUUAGAAAUUCAGAAGCAAAACUCUUUGCCAAUUACUGAACACCGUCAGGUAAUCAAUGCACUCAGAAAUACCAUAAAGGAGAUGGAGGAAGAAAUAAAUGAGCUCAAACGACUGCUUAGCAACAAGGAAAGUGAAUUAAGAAAUUUGGAAAAGGAGUUACUGGAAGAAAAAGCUGCAAUUAAUGAAGCCAUGGUACCCAAGGCCACAUAUGAAAAGCUCCAGUCCUCCCUGGAGGGUGAAGUUAGUGCUUUGUCAUCCAAACUGAAGGAUGUAAUGCGAGAAAAGGAAAAUAUAUCCCUAGAUGCCAUGAAGCUGAGAAAUGAAAUUUUGCACUUGAAAGAAGCGAAAGAAGGUAUGCAUACUCUGCUGGAAGCAAAGGAACGGGAGGUGACUGAUCUCCAGCACAAGUACCACCAAGUUCAAGAAGCUCUUACUGAAAUGAAGAACUCAUCAAAACUAGAAGAAGAUAAAGACAAAAAGAUCAAUGAAAUGUCCAAGGAAAUUAGCAAAUUAAAAGAAGCGUUGAACAGCCUUUCUCAGCUUUCCUACUCAACCAGCGCCCCCAAAAGACAAAGCCAGCAGCUGGAGGUGUUACAGCAACAAGUGAAGCAGUUGCAAAACCAACUGACUGAAACAAAGAAACAACACCAGGAAAUUGUCUCUGUUUACAGGAUGCACCUUCUCUAUGCUGUGCAGGGUCAAAUGGAUGAAGAUGUCCAGAAAGUGCUUAAACAAAUUUUAUCAAUGUGUAAAAGCCAAUCGCAGAAAAAGUAAACAAAAAAAGCCAAGGAAAACUCCCUAUUUUUAUUAACCCUGUUAUGAUUCUUUUAUCUAGAUUUGCCUUAACAUAAGAUUUCAAAUUGGCAAUUUGCUGCUUUUGUGUUACUGUGCUAUUUGUGAGGGGGAUAUAUUUGUCUGUCUGUACCACUUCCAUGUGCAUUUCCAUGUGCAGUAGCUAAACACAUGCCUGCUUUUCAUGCCCAAAAUGCAAGUAUGCUCUUCAGACUUUUUACAUAGGCCACUCCAUGUCGUGUUUACCCUGUGAGUACUUUUCCAGCUUCCUCCAACAGCAGCAGGUUAACCUGGAGGAAAGCGCUGGCGUUGCCUGGGUAGAGGUGAAAUUCUCUGUGAGGUCUUCUGUACAGAUUUUAAGCUGCAAGUUGUUACUGGGUGUGUUUGAUGCUGCAGCUCUCAGAUUGCUGAGAUGUUGCCAUAUGCAGCCUUAGGCACAGCAGAGGUGAGCCUUGCAGCAGCGAGCAGGAGUAGAUAUUUAUGCUGAGCCAGAACAGCUACACUUCCUGGUGCAAUGUUAUUUGAGAUUGACACACUAAAACGUAGCUGCCCCAAUUCACCCAAUGCACUGAGUACACAAAACCCAUACCAUGCUUCAUAGUUUCCUUAACUACCUGGUGGUGGAAUGAAACUAUUUCAAAAGGUAAAAGCAUUAGUUUAUUGAAGUUACAUACAAACAGAACUGUCUCUAUAAACAGCCCUUUAUGAUAGGUUUAGCUGUCUAUGCAAGUGUUGGCCAUGAAGCUCAGGAACAAAACCAGGUCAUAUACUUUUAGACAAGGGAUUCUAGUGAACACAGGAUGUUUACAGUGAAUGUCAAUGCCUCAUACUUCCUAACCUCACUUUUGUAAAAAUCUUCUCUGCGGUAUAUUUUUACUGGCCCUCUAAUGAAUUUUUUUGUAACAAAACCAUUUUUUCUACAUAAUAUUUGCAUUAAGCUUAUUAACAAAUAUUUUUAGGUAAUUAUGUCUUAGAGAGUUUCUUUUUAUACCCCCAAGUACUCAGUAAUAGUGAAGCAUAGUGAAGUGUUUUCAGUUUGUAAGAAAUUUGUACGGAAUAAUACACCUGUCUGUCAGUGUGGUCCAGAGCAUUUAUGUGUAAAAUUCAGCCUGCUGUUCCAAAAAAAUUUAGAAAUUAUAGGUAGACAACAGCAGGAGGUGUCCCAAAAUUCUGUAUGUUGUUUCUAGAGGCUACAGGCAUCAAUAAAGCCUUUAUCAGCACUUCUGCAUUUAAAGUCAAAUAAAAAUGCCUGAUGUGGAAUAGAAUGAAACUAUGGAAAAAUGUUUUAAGCACACACUGCACUUGAGGGUACAACCAUUUUAACAAGCUUGCGGCUUCAAUAUGGUAUAGUGUUUUUUUUUAUUCUAUGGGGAUAUGUCUCUAUUAAUAGAGAAAUCUUUCAGAGCUAUAUAAUCUAUGAAGUUUAUAUAGAGUCAUGAUAUGACAGGAGUCAGCAGUGCCUCAGGCUGACUGAACUCAUAGUGCACUUAUAUCAAAUAAUUCCUAACUCUGGCGAAGCUAAAAGGAUUUUAAAAACAAAAAGAAAAAUACCACCUUUGCAUCAGUUAGACCUUGGUGUUACUUUUCUUGAGUGGUUUAACUAAUGCCAUCUAAUUUUGAACAGUAUUUUAUAGUUAGACAGCUUUGAAAAUGCUCCAAAGAAAUGUGAAGAAAAUUUUGCUGCAUCACUUCAAAAAGAACAAAAUUUUAAGCAUGCUAAUGCUGCAAGUAUAAAACUUGAUGAACCAUUUUGUAGGUUUCCUGAUGGAUUUAGUCUUCUACUUUGGUUUGGUUUGUAUAUUUAUUACAAUUAUCUUUGUGGAAUAUUGGAAAUUAUAUACUACAGCAUAACGAGUUUCUUUAUAUGUAAUUUACAAGAAGUUUCCUCAUGCAGCAAAUAAACUAUUUCCAAUUUUUUUUUUCA